AACAAAGCAACGAACUAAAGCCUAAUAAAGCAGAGAGAAAGCGAGAGAGGAGAGAGAAAGAGAGCAUAUCAAGGAAGACGAAGACGAAGAAGAAGAGAGCAACGUAACAGUAGCAGCGCUUCUACAGUACACUCCUCGUUCUGCGUGCGAAGCGAACCCUAUUCCAUGUUCUUGAAUCUCUGCAUCCAGCAGUCGUCCUUGUAGCUGAUCAGAUCGAUCGGAGGGAAAAGAGAGAGGAUUGCCCCAGGAUCCGAGAUCUAGAGAGAGAGAGAGAGAAAGGUUUAAGAGGGGGGAGUAGCAAGGAGCUGAGAGGAUAGAAUGUUCCCCUCCUCCAAGAAGCAGCCCAGCACUGGCGCUGCGAGCUCGAAUGAUCGGCCUAUGUGCGUGCAAGGCGACUCCGGCGGCCUCGUCCUCACCACCGACCCCAAGCCCCGCCUCCGGUGGACCGCCGAGCUCCAUGACCGCUUCGUCGACGCCGUCGCCCAGCUCGGAGGCCCGGACAAGGCAACUCCAAAGACUAUCAUGAGGGUUAUGGGAGUCAAGGGCCUCACCCUCUACCAUCUCAAGAGUCACCUGCAAAAAUUCAGGCUAGGCAAGCAGCACAAGGAGUUUGGGGAUCAUACAGCAAUGGAGAUGCAACGUAACGUGGCCUCUUCUUCAAGCGUGAUGGGAAGAACCAUGAACGACCGAAGCGGCGUGAACGUGAACAGCGAGGCCCUAAGGAUCAAGAUGGAAGUCCAGAGAAGGCUCCAUGGGGAACUAGAGGUGCAGAAGCACCUCCAGAUGAGGGUUGAAGCCCAGGGGAAGUACAUGCAGUCCAUCGUGGAGAAAGCAUACCAAGCCCUGGGGUCCAGCGACUGCGCCACGUGGCCCACGGGGUACAGAUCUCUAGGCAACCAGGCUGUCCUCGACAUUGGCGGCGGCUCCACGAGCUUCUCCUCCCUCCAGGACCUGCACUUCUAUGGAGGAAGCAGCCACAUGGACCAGCUGCUGCAGCAAAUGGAGCGGCCAAUGGAUAGCUUCUUGACGUUGGGCGAGAGCUUCAUAGGCUCGUCAGCAGACAAGAAGGGCCCUAGCCACUGCAGCUCCAUGGCCAGUGGCAAGAGCUCGAUGAUGUGGGCCGGCGAGGAGCCGCAGCAGGCGAAGAGCGGCGCCGAUCAGCUCCAGAUGGGGUCGUCGACGACGAUGGAGGGCGGCAUCGAUGUCAUGGACCCGAUCGCCGGCCUGUAUGAGGGUGCCAUGUCAGGCGACUCCAUGAGUAAGGGUUUCGAGGGUUCGAGCUCCAAGCUUGAGAUGAAGUCGCCUCCACAUCAACACGCACCUGUAGGAAGUCAGAGGGUACGUAUAUAGCCCAAUGGUUUGGAGCUCACGCAAAGAACUUCUCCUAUUUAGUAUAUGGGCCGGUAAAAAAGAUAAAAAUUAUCGUGUCAAUUUUGUUGUGAUGAAGGAACCAUCAAAGCUUAUAGACUAGCGCGUGAGCUGAGUGCAGUGUUUGCGGUUAUUAGUGUUACUAGAUACGAGAUCUUAAGAGAAUCAAUUCAUGCAUUAUAGAUAAGGUUGUUUGAGGCCUAAUUAAGGUUACCUGCUAUUCUGAUGAGGAUGGCUCAGGUAACAAUUUAGUUUCCUGCAUCUUAUGGUGUUUUGAGUUCAAGUGACAGUAGUGCAUUUUAUUGACAUGUUCAUGUAUGUAUAAUGAUGCAUGCAGUGGAGAAACACGUAUUAUUACCGGGACAUUAACAGAGAGACUUUCAGAUUUA